CGCUGCUUUCAGUGUGGCCCGUGUCUUCAAUGAGUUUUGUCAUGCUUUAGCGCAGAAACAGCGGUUCGAUAUCGAGAUACCCACAGCAGAUAAACAGUAUAAUAUACUAUAUCCUUCAGAUACCAGCAGCGGCAAACUAAGCGACUUAGAAGUUUCGGGUUUCAUUUGACCAUACACAAUCGACACAAAAUGCUCACUCCUUGCCUGCUGCUAGUCGCCACAGUCGCCAGCUUCAGCCUCCCGACGCUGGCCAUUCGGGUGGACUGGGGCACCAACACAGGACCGAUAGCACCACCUCCGCCGCGCACCACGCCGCAGCCACCGAGGAAGCCAUACCGGGAUCCAGCGCCCGUCUGGGAGGACCAGAGCGAUGACGUACCCAACCCCAAUCCCUAUGUCUUCGUAUUGCCACCGCCUUCGAGACCAAGAACAUGGGCGAUUCCCGCCGGACCCUAUGCGCCGCCCAACUACAACAACCUGCCGCCCAAGGGCAACAACUACGGCCAGCUGGCCAGCAACAACUACAGCGGAGGAGUGACCUCCGUGCCGGGACUGGCCGCCCAGUACGUGCCCGGAGUGGGCAUCCAGUAUACGGCUAUUGUGCCCGACAAGCUGCAGGGCAAAUACAACGCGAAGACGAAGAAGUACAAGGCCUACGAGAAGGCCAAGUACGCGUACCCCUGGAACUAUUUGCAGCAGUUGCCGGUGGAGGAGAAGGCCUUGGAAUGGCAGGCGGAGCUCGAGAAGCGGCUCGAUGAGGAGCAGGCGCAGUCGCGGUCUCAGGCUCUCAGUUCCUCCACGACAAGCACCACUUCCAGCACCUCAACAGCCACCAUCACCACCACUACCACCACCACCACACCGGCACCACUUCCAUCUGCAGACAGCACCACAACUGCCGCAUCGUCGACAACAUCUACGAGCACGCAGCAGCCCACAACAAUUGCCAAUUACAAGCUGGCACACGAGAAGAGCGCCCAUCUGAAGAAACACAACAAGCAGAAGAAGCUCCUCCAGCUGCACAUGGAGCAGGAGAAGAAGGCGCUGAAGAAGCUGCAGCAGGAGCAAAACUCGUUGCAGACCAGUUGAGCGGGCGCCAUCGACGGCUAGCUGCUGAAAAACAAGCAAACAUUUAAGCGAACAUUACCUUUAAGACUUGCCCACAAUGUUGUAAAUAACUAUUAAUAAAAUUAAAC